AUGGCAAGAGUACAACAGAAAACAAAACAAGAAGGAACAAAGCGGAAGCCAAAGGUAUUCGCUGAAAAUCUAGGAAUAGAUCAUUUGGUUCAACUAUCAAAUGAUAUAGCGGCCAAACAUGAGAAUGCAUUACAAGAAAGGGUGGAUAGAGCAAAAGAUAAACAAUCUUGGAUCAAAGAGAAGAAUAGAAGAAAGAAUGGAAUGAAUGCAAAGCAAGAUAAUGCUGCAGCAAAAGAAAAGACGGAUAAACAACAUUCUGACACAACAGAGAGACCCAGCAGUAAACCAUUGACUAAAUCAAACAUUAGAGCAGGGCUGGUCGCUGCUCAGAGAGAAAAGACCCGCAUGCGAAAAGAAGCAAGAAAGGUAGCACAAAAAGCAACCAAGAACAUUCAAGCUAAGAAGAGGAGAGCUGAUAUUAAACCACAAGAGGAAGAUACACAAGAGCCAGAGACAGAAAUCCUCAAAGCACCAAAGAAGAGGGUAUCUUUCGCUGCUUGA